CUAUCGCACGCACACGGCACCGCACGCUAGUUCCCGUCGAGAGAGCAUAACACGCACGCGAACGCCGCAACUUGCGGAGAUCAUCGAGCAGCGGAGAGGUAGUUUCAACUCUCAUCUUGUUGUGAUAAAUAGCAUCAGGUUUAGCUUCAAUCAUAACUUGAGUUCAAGUUCACGUCUUAGCCAUGUUCGUAGAGCCAGAUCACCAGGAACUCCCACAGGCCACAGUGGUCGCUUUGUUCCGCGACUACCAUCCAAAAAAGUUUUCGACCAAGGAGAUCCUCGUGUAGUAGAUGAAUGGGUUCAGGGUCUCGAGAUUAUUUUCGAGGUCAUGAACUGCCCUGAUCGUUAUCACAUGUUAUGUGCCCAGAUCCAGCUGACCAGUGAUGCCCGACUCUGGUGGCAAGCCUAUUGGUGUAUGCGUCCCGGUGAAAAAGACGGUUGUACGUGGGACCAGUUCAAGGAGCUGAUCCGAGAAAAGUAUUAUCCCUCGUAUUACCGAGCAGACAUGGAGCGCCAGUUCUUAGCACUCACUCAGGGUACUCGUACUGUCGACGAGUACGAAAGAGAGUUCACCCGUCUCGGAGCCUUUGUACCUGAUCUUGUGGGUACGGAGGCGAAGAGAGCCCACCGUUUCACCGACGGACUUCGCCCAACAGUUCGCCACAACAUCGUAGGCCACGGCGUCCAGACCUACGCCCGCGCAGUCGCCAUUGCACAGGAAGUUGAUGCCAGUAUCCGACGAGAAGCCACCCAGACACCAGCCCAGCCAGUUGCUCAGCCACCAGCCCAGCCCAAGGUAGCCCAACCAUCAACAAACCAGAAGAAGAGGAAGCUUAGAGGGGGCCCAGACAACUGGAGGACCCAUCCCAGACAAUAUCCAGAAUGCCCAACCUGCGGGAAACACCACCGUGGAGAAUGCCUCGUGGGCCAGAAU